AUGACGAACCACACGUUCCUCAAGCUCUUUCAUCAACCGCAGACAAUGAUCCAACAAGAACAUGAGAUGGCUAUGAGAUCACAUCUCUUUCAUCAACUGCAAGCAAUGAUCCAACAAGAACAUGAGAAGUCUAAGAGAGGACAUCUCUUUCAUCAACUGCAAGCAAUGAUCCAACAAGAACAUGAGAUGGCUAUGAGAGCACAUCUCUUUCAUCAACUGCAAGCAAUGAUCCAACAAGAACAUGAGAAGUCUAAGAGAGGACAUCUCUUUCAUCAACUGCAAGCAAUGAUCCAACAAGAACAUGAGAUGGCUAUGAGAGCACAUCUCUUUCAUCAACUGCAACCAAUGAUCCAACAAGAACAUGAGAAGUCUAAGAGAGGACAUCUCUUUCAUCAACUGCAAGCAAUGAUCCAACAAGAACAUGAGAAGUCUAAGGGAGGACAUCAACUGCAACCAAUGAUCCAACAAGAACAUCUCUUUCAUCAACUGCAACCAAUGAUCCAACAAGAACAUGAGAUGGCUAUGAGAGCACAUCUCUUUCAUCAACUGCAAGCAAUGAUCCAACAAGAACAUGAGAUGGCUAUGAGAGCACAUCUCUUUCAUCAACUGCAAGCAAUGAUCCAACAAGAACAUGAGAAGUUUAAGAGAGGACAUCUCUUUCAUCAACUGCAAGCAUUGAUCCAACAAGAACAUGAGAAGUCUAAGAGAGGACAUCGCUUUCAUCAACUGCAAGCAAUGAUCCAACAAGAACAUGAGAUGGCUAUGAGAUCACAUCUCUUUCAUCAACUGCAAGCAAUGAUCCAACAAGAACAUGAGAAGUCUAAGAGAGGACAUCGCUUUCAUCAACUGCAAGCAAUGAUCCAACAAGAACAUGAGAUGGCUAUGAGAUCACAUCUCUUUCAUCAACUGCAAGCAAUGAUCCAACAAGAACAUGAGAAGUCUAAGGGAUCACAUAUCUUUCAUCAACUGCAAGCAUUGAUCCAACAAGAACAUGAGAAGUCUAAGAGAGGACAUCGCUUUCAUCAACUGCAAGCAAUGAUCCACCAAGAACAUGAGAUGGCUAUGAGAUCACAUCUCUUUCAUCAACUGCAAGCAAUGAUCCAACAAGAACAUGAGAAGUUUAAGAGAGGACAUCUCUUUCAUCAACUGCAAGCAUUGAUCCAACAAGAACAUGAGAUGGCUAUGAGAUCACAUCUCUUUCAUCAACUGCAAGCAUUGAUCCACCAAGAACAUGAGAAGUCUAAGAGAGGACAUCGCUUUCAUCAACUGCAAGCAAUGAUCCAACAAGAACAUGAGAUGGCUAUGAGAUCACAUCUCUUUCAUCAACUGCAAGCAAUGAUCCAACAAGAACAUGAGAAGUUUAAGAGAGGACAUCUCUUUCAUCAACUGCAAGCAUUGAUCCAACAAGAACAUGAGAUGGCUAUGAGAUCACAUCUCUUUCAUCAACUGCAAGCAUUGAUCCAACAAGAACAUGAGAACUUUAAGGUAUCACAUACAAUACAAAAUAGUAUUAUAUUCCAGCUACCCCUCUGA